AUGCAGUAUACUCCAUUUGUGUCGGACAUCGAGCUGCCGUUCUAUACGUCUUUGGCAUCCCAGAAAAUCAACCUUGAUAAAUUGAACGAUGCACCGAGAAAAGUGUUGGGGUUGUAUGAAGUCCGACCCUCGGACACGCCUGCUGCGUCCUGUCGAAUGCAGAUCCUGGGGAAUGCUCUAGUUAGCGACAAUGUUCCCUCUGCUUACUAUAGAGCAGAAGGCAUGAUUAAAAACUUUAACACGGUUGAAGAAUAUAGAAAUGCGGACAAACUGGCAAUGCUGCAAGACGCCGGAAAGAAGAUCCUGGAUGCUAUAAAUGAUGAAUCAAUAUAUGCUCGACCUUCAUUGCUAGCGUCUUUUCUAAUACUUACUUUCGCCGACCUUAAGAAAUACAAGUUUCAGUACUGGUUCGCUUUUCCAGCAAUAAUUCCCCAGCCACACUGGGUCCCUGUACCACAGGAAACUUCAAAGCUGGAAAAGCCUUCGGAUGAACCAUUAUUACCUGGCUCCAGACUAUUGUUGGGAAACGAGAGCUCAGGACUUGUCGAUGCGGUGCAGACAUGGAAAAGCGCAACUGAUACAUGCCAACACGGAUUUUUCUUGGCCCUGAAAACGCGGGAGAAUAUAGACUCCCAGCUCACAGAUCGACCUACAUGGAAAGUUUCAACUCUUGCAGACUACGAAAAGGGGUUUUUCGAAGGCUCAAAUCCGGAUGAUCAGUUCAUUUGUUUUGCAGACCCAUCAAACUAUUCCAACGCCCCAGGAUGGAUCCUGCGCAACCUCUUGGUUCUGCUACAACAGAAAUGGGGGCUUCAUAAGGCCCAAAUUUUAUGCUACCGAGAUGUCCCAUCCAAGCCUGAUUCAGGCCGUAGCCUGGUGGUUACUAUGCAAUUGGACCUCCCCUCCGAUGCGAAAGCUCCUCAAGGCAUUUUGUCUUCUGCCAAUAUGCCAAAGGUCACUGGCUGGGAGCGGAAUAGUGCUGGAAAACUCUCUGGGCGCUUGGCCGAUUUGACAGCAUACAUGGACCCUCAAAAACUAGCCGAUCAGGCAGUAGACCUGAACCUGAAGCUCAUCAAGUGGAGGAUAAGCCCGAACCUGAAUCUCGAUAAAGUAAAGGCAACAAGCUGUCUUUUACUGGGUGCAGGAACGCUGGGGAGCUACGUCGCGCGGAAUCUACUCGGCUGGGGCGUACGAAAGAUCACGUUUGUGGACAACGGAUCCGUAUCCUUUUCUAAUCCUGUGAGACAGCCGUUAUUUGACUUCAAAGACUGUUUAUCGGGAGGAGCAAAGAAGGCGCACCGCGCUGCAGAAGCCUUGAAGGAGAUCUAUCCCGGGGUAAACUCGACAGGUCACGUUCUCUCUGUGCCAAUGCCUGGCCAUCCAGUCACCGAUGCAAAACAAACUGCUGCAGAUUUCGAACUUCUUCAAAAACUGAUAGAGGAACACGACGUCAUCUUCCUACUUAUGGAUAGCAGGGAGUCCCGAUGGCUGCCCACCGUGAUGGGAAAGUCUCUUGGUAAAAUCGUGAUGAAUGCCGCUCUUGGAUUUGACACAUUCGUGGUCAUGCGGCAUGGUGUUAAGAUUGAUAGCUCGAGGGACGCUGAGCUGGGCUGUUACUUUUGUAACGACGUCGUCGCUCCCAUAGAUUCUAUGAAAGAUCAAACGCUUGAUCAGCAAUGCACUGUGACCCGGCCGGGGGUCUCUGCAAUCGCAUCGGCAUUAUUGGUUGAACUUUUUGUGUCUAUUUUACAAGAUCCUGCCGGAGCUGCGGCGCUUGCCCCUACCUCCCAAAACGAUGACCGUGGUGAUCACCCUCUUGGUCUUGUGCCACACCAGAUCAGAGGUUUCCUUUCCACGUUUACCAACAUUCCUGUGACAGGAAAAAGCUACGACUGCUGCAGCGCCUGUUCGGACAAAAUAGUGGAUGCGUACAGGAAAGAUGGUUGGGAUUUUGUCCAGAAAGCGAUCAAUGACAAAGAAUACGUGGAGGAGUUGAGUGGUUUGAAAGAGGUCCAGCGGAGAGCUGAAGAAGCUGCUGCGGACAUUGAAUGGGACGAUGAUUCCGAAGAGCUUAUUGAAGAUUAA